AUAGUAUCUGUCAUUCAUCAUACGCGCGGUGUUUACAAGUUUUUCGAAAGUGCCUUAUCUGUUUUAUUUGUGUCGUGAAACUCAUAAAAAGCGGAUGUAUCUGAUGAACUUUUGGAACUAUCAGCUACAUUUUGGUCAACACGGAAUAUAAUGGAAGAGUCGGUUCAUGUGCGCGUAUUAUUUUUUGCCAAGUCACGCGAAUUAUCCGGUUUGAAUGAGUGUAACCUUGAAUUGAACAAAAAAACGAAUUUGUGCUCCGAAGUAAUCAACUAUAUUUGUGAUAAAUUCGAUUUGAACAUCAUUAAAAACAAUGUCAUCAUUGCUUUGAACAGUGAAUACUGUGAUGAUUUGAAUGCUGUGCUUGAAUUGAAAAACGGCGAUGAGAUUGCUGUAAUUCCGCCGAUAAGCGGUGGCUAAUAACAUAAUUAUAUUUUUGUUAUUUUCCAUUAUUUUGAUUGUUGAAGGAAAAAAAAAACUGUUAAGUGUGUUCUAUCUAAAUUGUGUGUCGACCUUGACAAUAAAUUAAUUAA